AUGGAGCUGCUGAGCUCGUCGCUGCGUCCGCGCGCCGCGCGCCUGCUGAACGCGGCGUCGCGCAAGUGUCUGCACACCGUGCGCCGCGAGGGUCAGCCUGGCACGCUGGACUGCCGCUACUUCUUCUACGACUCGCUGGGCCGCAAGCAGUCGCCGUGGCACCACGUGCCGCUGUACGCGCCCUCAGCACUCGACCACCCUCAGGAGAUCACCAGCUCGGCCGUGUUCCACUUCGUGAACGAGAUCCCCAGGGGCUCGCGCGAGAAGAUGGAGAUCGCCGGCACGGAGGAGUUCAACCCCAUCAAGCAGGACGAGCGCAAGGGCGCGCCCCGCCUGUACCACAGCGCGUCGCUCGUCAACUACGGCUGCCUGCCGCAGACGUGGGAGGACCCGAACCACGUGGACGCCGCCACCAAGCACGGAGGGGACAACGACCCCAUCGACGUGUGCGAGAUCGGCAGCCGCGUGGCCGCCAUCGGCGAGAUCUACCCCGUCAAGGUGCUGGGCGUGCUGGGCAUGAUCGACGGCGGCGAGACGGACUGGAAGGUCAUCGCCAUCAACGUCAACGACCCGCUGGCCGAGCACGUCAACGACCUGCGCGACCUGCGCGACACGCCGCUGCACGACGUCGUGGGCCAGGUGCACCGCUGGUUCCGCGACUACAAGAUCCCGGACGGCAAGCCGCCGAGUGACUUCGCAUUCAACGGCGAGGCGCAGCCCCGGGACUUCGCUGUCGAGGUGAUCCAGCAGACCCACGAGAGCUGGAAGCAGCUCGUGGGCGACGAGCUCGCCUUCAACACCAAGCUCUGGACCUGCACCCGCACAGACAUUUAA